AAAAGGUAAGGCCGCUCCACGCCGACGGUCUUCGGAAGGCGAUGCGCGAAGUAACUUCCUUUUCCUAGUCUUAAACUGGGACACAGCCCUCCUCCUCGGUUUUCUUUUUACCAGGAGGCUGCAGCUAUUCUUGGUCCGGGGUCUCACUGUGUAGUUUUGGCUGGCCCAAAACUCACCUUGUAGACCAGGUUGGCCUUGAACUCACUGAAAUCUACCAUUCAAGUCCUGGGAUAAAAGCUGACGAAGAAAUUUUCUGAGUCACUGCUGAGAUUUCUCACAUAUAACCAUGCGUCUUUCCGCCCUGCUGGCCUUGGCAUCCAAAGCCACUCUCCCUCCCCACUACCGCUAUGGCAUGAGCCGUCCAGGCUCCCUAUCAGACAAGAGGAAGAAUCCUCCAUGGAGCAGGCGGCGCCCAGUGGUGGUAGAGCCCAUCUCUGAUGAAGACUGGCACCUGUUUUGUGGAGACAUGGUGGAAAUCUUAGAAGGCAAGGAUGCUGGGAAGCAGGGCAAAGUGGUCCAAGUCAUUCGGCAGCGGAACUGGGUUGUCUUGGAGGGGCUGAACACGCAUUUCCGCUAUAUUGGCAGAACCAAGGAUCACCGAGGGACCAUGAUCCCUAGUGAAGCCCCACUACUUCAUCACCAGGUCAAGCUAGUGGACCCUGUGGACAGGAAACCCACUGAGGUCCAGUGGAGAUUUACUGAGGCAGGAGAGCGGGUUCGAGUCUCUACAAGAUCUGGGAGAAUUAUCCCCAAACCUGAAUUUCCUAGAGCAGAUGGCAUUGUCCCUGAAACAUGGACUGAUGGCCCCAAGGACACAUCAGUGGAAGAUGCUCUAGAAAAAACGUAUGUGCCCCGGCUAAAGACAUUAGAAGAAGAUGUGAUGGAGGCAAUGGGGAUCCAGGAGCCUCGAAGACACAGGAAGAUUUAUUGGUAUUGACCCUGAGAGUGCUGGCUCGGCCUGCUCAGUCUUUACCUUGAGGGUGGGGGCCCUUCCUUGUCCAACACCAAUAAAGAACCCUAAAUGCA